AUGGCAACAAAAGGGUUUGGCCAUGUUCUGAUUCUCGCUCUGCUGCUCUGCGUGAUGAAUCACGUCCACUUGGCACAAGCAGUCAAUGCUUGUGGAGCUGGCGGUGUGUGCACAUGCUCGGGAACCGUUGUCCAUUGCCAAAGCCAAUCUCUCACAUCUAUUCCGAGCGGAAUCCCUGCCGACACCACUGAACUGCAUCUGUGUCACACACGGAUCACCAGCAUUUCUGCAAAUGCAUUCACCGGCCUGACUGCGCUCACUACCUUGGAUCUAAACUACAACCCGAUCACCAACAUUCCCUCCUCUGCAUUCACGGAUCUCAAUGCGCUGAAACACUUGUAUCUCCAAAGCAGCCGGAUCACCAGCAUUCCCGCUGAUGCAUUUAUCAGUUUGACUGCGCUGAAUACCUUAGCUCUCAGUGGUUACUGGAUCACCAGCAUUCCUAAAAACGCUUUCACAGACCUGACUGCACUGCAGUACUUACAUCUCGGUGGCAGCCGGAUCACCAGCAUUCCUGCUGGCGCACUCACCGGCCUGACUGCGCUGACUCAAUUAGAUCUUGAUCGCAACCUGAUCACUAGCAUUUCUGCAAACGCAUUCACAGGCCUGACUGCACUGCAAUACUUGAAUCUGCAAGACAACCAGAUCACCAGCAUUCCCUCCUCGGCAUUCUCAGGCUUGACUGGGCUGAUUGACCUGUUGUUGAAUGCCAAUCCCUUUACUACUUUGCCACCCGGUCUAUUUUCGGGCCUGCCAAACGACCUAUAUUUGUCGGCGGGUGGGCUACCAUAUCUGAGCCCCAACAACUUUACCUUUGGUGGGAACGCUGUCGCUCCGCCCAGCAUGUACGGCAGUGCAUCCCGACCAUACCAGCUGAUCUACGAAAAUGAUCGCGCGUUCGUUACUGGCAGCGCUUCUCGUCGUAUUCGUGAAAGUUUGACCAUCGUGAAACAUCUUGCCAGUGGCAACUUUGGCGAUGUGGCGCUGGGUCAGCUGCCGUUCAACGUUUUGCCCCCGCGAGCUCAAAGCUUGCUCGGACCCACGACGUCCCAAACUGUGCAAGUUGCAGUCAAGUCGCUCAAGUCCAACGCAAAUGAACAAUCCCGCAAGGACUUUGAAAUCGAAGCGGAUUCGAUGACGCCGUUUGUGCAUCCGAACGUGUAUGGCGAUUUGCGCACGCUGCUACAAAAGUCCAAAAAGCAGUCGUUCGAGUGGACGCACAACGAGCAGAUCCAUGUCAUUCGCCAGAUUGCUCUCGGCAUGGAGUAUCUUGGCACGCUUAACUUUGUGCAUCGUGAUCUCGCCGCACGCAACUGCCUCGUGGGACAAGGAAUGGUGGUCAAGGUUGCUGAUUUCGGGCUUUCUCGCGAGCUGGAAGACGAGGAAAAGUACUAUCGAAUGCAAACUAACCGCGAGCUUCCCUUGAAGUGGAUGGCGCCGGAAACAAUGACUGGCCCCAAGUUCUCGUCCAUGUCCGAUGUUUGGUCGUUUGGUGUGACAGUCUGGGAAUGCUGCAGUUACGGCGCAGUGCCGUACGGCAAGGUGAACGGCGCUGAGGCCCUGGCUCAUGUGGCGGCUGGUGGUCGUCUGCCCAUGCCAGAAAACUGCAUGCCGGAGCUCUACAACGUGAUGAUGACUUGCUGGAACGUGAUACCAGAGUUCCGACCGAGCUUUUCUCAGCUCGUCAAAGCUCUCAAAGCCUUCGAGGAUGGGACAGCUGUCCGCGACAUUGGUGAAUUGUUGAAAGAAUAGCAAAGUGAUUGAUUCAUUUUGAUGUCACAGGCGCCGUUCACUGCAUACAAUGGUGUAUUUGAUGGUUUUAUGAGGCUCCUUGCGUUUUGUUCUUGCUCUGAUACAGUUCCUGAUUCCAGAAACGAAACAAUUAAAGAAACGACCAAAAUGUAGCUUGUUCAAACGUC